AUGAAGCGGAGUCGCAUUCAAUUCGAAGCCAAUGGCCAUGCGUCUUCAGACUCUCCUCAGGGAGCUUACCCGCAUAUGGCGACCGACGAGGAUUCGAAACAGCAAGUUUUGAGACAUAUCCCUAAGAUCUCACGGAGAAUCCGUGCAUGUACAAACUGCAAGAAUCACAAGGUGCGCUGUGAUAAGGAAGGGGAGGCGCCAUGUCAGAGAUGCCGUCGCAUGGGCUUGGACUGUGUUGUCAACAAAAGCCUACAGACUUUAUUGGACGAUGAGACAGAGUGGAAGACGGCGGUUGAGCUUGCAAUGACGGAUCUACUCCGAAAGGCUCAGCUACCGGACUUGUCAUACUAUCAGUCGCUGGGCAAAUCGAUGGAGACUCCUUCCAGGAAAAGAGGCCGCAAAGAAUCGACAGCAUCAACCGAAGAUACCGGCACUGCGACGGUCAACCAUGACAGGAGACCGAGCUCGAUAGGCUCAAACUUGGAAUCGGUCCCAAUAGGUCCAAACUCCUCGGCGAAUUAUUCCUUUCCUAAGCAACAUUCCCAGUACUCCCUCGAUCGGGAAGAAAAUGGAACAUCAUCCUUGAUUACUGCGCCGAUGGGAAGUCUAUACGAAGUGACUAGGCUGAGCGACAUCCCUCCAAGUUCUCCCGGACGUCAGCAUGCACACGACCGGGCACUAGUGACCGACUUCGUAUCGCGAGGAGUGAUUGAUCUACAAGAGGCGGAGGACCUAUUCCACUUCUUUGAUCAGGUGCUCAGUCGUUAUCUGUGGGAUGGUAUGGCGUUGGUGCACAAGGAUCUUACAUCUGUUCGCAACUCUUCCUCAAUGCUCUCCGCCGCCAUUCUUGCUGUUUCAGCUCUCCACUUACCCAACAAGGAGAAAACAUUCGAUACCUGUUAUACGGAAUUCGCCAAGCUGGCUUCGGAAUCCAUGCUUGAUAGACACCAUACCCUCGACGAUUUGCGUGCGUUAUGUGUUGGCGCAUUCUGGCUUGCGGAUGUCAGCUGGAAGCUUUCAGGAUAUGCGGUCCGAAUUGCGACUGAACGAAACCUUCACCAAUCCUAUCGCAAGGCCAUGCAGGGCUCUGUGGAGCAUAUAGAACAAGUGAGGCUCUGGUACCUUCUCUAUACCCUGGAGCACCAUUUCUCUAUCGCAUACGGACGGCCGCCUAUCAUUCAUGAAGAUCCAAGCAUCGCGAAUCACAAUACGUUUACAAUUUCCCCGGCGGUGCAGCAGUCGGAUCUACGCCUUCACAGCCAAGUGGACCUGUUUAUUAUUUUGACUCGAAUAUAUCACGCUUUCGGUCCCGAUGUCGACCUGGAGGUUUCCGAGAGCGAAUUCUCUACAAUCAAUAAGUUCGACGCUGAUCUUGGAGAUUGGCGCUCCGCCUGGCUCCCUCGUUUAGCUGGAAGUCGGUAUGUCGGUGCAUACCCUUACAAAGCCGUCUAUCUGCACUACCACUUCUCUCGUCUGCAACUAAACUCGGUUGCUUUACGAACGUAUCACUCCUCGAAUUCUUCGCGGCCGAUGUCCGCUGAACGCAAGAAACAUGCCAAUCUGGCGAUAGAAUCUGCGAUCGAAACCCUCCUAGUGGUACUCGAUGAGCCCGACAUCCAAAGAGCUUUGAUCGGCGUUCCUCUAUAUCUGCACAGCAUGAUCACCUUUGCAGCUGUGUUCCUCCUCAAGAUCGCCGCCAAGUGUUGCUCCGCGACGCUACCCAAUGCGCAAGGGCAGCAAAAUUCCAUUGCCUCGGCAGGUCUUUCAAUCGACGCGCCUUACGUUCGUGCGUUGGUUGGUAAAAUUAUUGAACUGAUGGUCACUUGUAGCAAGCGUGCUAGUGAGCGCCAUCUUACUCAUCAUAUAGCCCGUGGCUUGCGCAAGAUGCUUACUGGACUCGAAGAGUGGGAAAAAAGAAAUUCAGGGGGCCAGCAAUCUCUGGGACAGAAUUCCUAUGAGACUACAUCAAUAUUCAAACCCAUUAUAAUUCCUGGAGCGCAACCAUUGAGUGAACGAGACACCAUUCUGAACCACCCUCCUCCGCUACCCGGAAUGGCUCCUCUGUCGGCUGAGCGCAGUAAUGGGUACGGACCUGCUCAGAUGCAGGGAAAACAGGAGCCAGGUCUCUCGAUAGGCUCUCUGGAUCCUAUGAUGGCUGAUUUAUGGGGCUUCGACGAGGAGUAUUUCCCUACGGGAGUCUUCGAUUUUCUUCAGUCUCAGAUGCCUGCCUGA